AUGGCCUCGCCGCCAAAUACCCAAACAUCUCCCGACCGCCUCCCUUCUAGAACUCCUCUACCUCCCGGAGCUCAUAGCCGUGACAUCUCCAUCGUCCGAGGCCGGCCCGUUGACCCACCUGGCCCUGGCGCCCAUCCCACUUUACAGCCGCAAUCUCAGGUUCGAUCUCAAUCAACCUCAAAAAGCCCAGAACCUGGAAUUGGUCGGCCCGUGAUAGACGAAGAUGUCGUAGAGAGACGACCCUCAAACUCCUAUGGUCAUCACCGCCAAGCGUCAAUCGUACACGGAAGCAUUCAGCAUACUCGGAGCCCCAGUCUUGCUCCUCCUAGCACGACUGGUCCGCUGAAUCCAGAAGCGAUGUCUACCGCUAGCUUUUGCUCUACAAAUAAUGGGGAACCCAAACAGAACGGAAAGCGAGAAAAUAGCCCCUUGUCUACAGUGCAAGAUUUCAACCAGUUGGACCCCGGCAGUGAAAUAGCUUUGCACCGAAAGAGCACGCUAUCUGGGAAAUCACGGCGCGAGCAUACUCACCAUGCAUCCCGCUCGGGGAGUUAUGUCCAGGAGGCAAAAACGGUUGAGGAAUAUGCUCUUCAUCAUCUGUUCAACUCGUUUGUUGGCCAAGCGGACGAAAAAAUCAACCAAUGCAUCCUAAGUAUGGCAGAUCUAGAGACACCGGUAGAACAUGUGUGUGGUCCUGGUGCGGAUUUGGCAUUCGAUCAGCUUAUUGCUGCACUGGGACAUAUAGCAAAACAAAAACCAAAACCCCUUAUAGACACCAUUAUGUUCUGGAGAAAGUCGAAAGGCGAGGCGGCUGCAAUCGCGAAGCAAAGGGCUACCCAACCAACUAUGCUACCUAUCGGGAUGACUGUUAUUCGACGUAACACUGAACCCGUACCGCCUGGCCUUGACGUCUCUGAUACUUCCCCAAUGGGCAGCACUACGUCUAUCUCACUUCCGCCUCGUCAAGAUGAUGCUGUUCUGGCCGAAAGGCGGGCAACAGUAUCCGUCUAUCUUGUUUGUCGGGUUUUAAUUGAAAUCUUCAAUCAAAGUAGUAUGGAUGCUAUUACGUUUGAGAUGGCAGAUCGGCUGGAAGAUAUCGUCUUUGGACAGCUUAAGACCGUGGAUCCUGACCAAAUUGCAGCUUCUUCUCUUCGAAUGGCCAACUGGCGUAUAUAUAGCCAGUUGCUGGGAAUCAUGAGUGAAAAUAAUUUUGCUAGUGUGACCAUCAGAUUCCUCACAGAGCUUAAUCAAUAUCAAAAGGAAGAAGGGCGGUUAUUAUCCAUUAAAGACGCCGAAGCGAGAGCCGAACUGCUUAUAUAUGGAAUGAGGCACCUACGGCUUCGCAUCCUUCCAGAAGAUGCCUGGGAUCGAACUUGUGAUUUUUUAUACUCCCUUGCCAAGCUCCUUGUCGAUGCUCACGGUCAACGGCUGAAGCAGGCAUAUUGUCAAAUGCUUGAAAUAUUUGUUUUACCAAUCGCAGCAAAUCCUGUUUGCAACCUGUCGUCACUAAAAUGGAAGGAAUUUCUCGAUCUCAUCGGUCCGCGAUUGGGGCAAAUCCUUGUGAAGCCUAGGCACUGGAAUAUUGCUUUCCCGUUCCAAGUCUUACUUUUAUGUGCAUCCCCUAGAGAUAUAUUUCUAGCUCAAUGGAUGUCGGUCAUUCACAGUCUUCCUCCAAAGCUAAAGGAUCGGCCCACACGAGCAACUGCCCUACAGGCUAUAUGCCGGCUUUUAUGGACGUAUCUCUAUCGUCAUUCAGACACUCUUAGCAACCCUUUGCGUAAGAUUGAGGAAAUAAUUCGCAUCGUUUUGCCAGGGGGGAAAAAGACCUAUAUCACUACAGAUAACUAUGUGGUAGAGCCGAUUACCCAUCUUGUGCGCACGAUUGGACAUAGAUAUCCAGAGCUAUGUUUCAAGAUGAUAAUAUUCCCUUUGGUUAGUUCAGAUCAGAUUAUGUCCGGCAAGGAGUUUAGAAUAGAGCAGAUGGAACCCGAGAAAAUGGUCAUUGGCAUUCGCUCGUUUCUUGCCAUUAUGGCUGACCUCGAUGGCGAGCUCCAAACCCCACCGCCAUUUCCGCAAGAUUUUGGCAAUGAGGUUUUGCUUUCUCCCUUUCCUGUUCAAGACUUCCGUAACUUAACUGACCAAGCUACUUCAAACUAUUUUCGGUACACCUGUCGUCCCGUCAAUGCUUCGAAACUCAGUGAAAAUACGCGGAAAUGUUAUUUCAGGUUUUGCGAGGUUCUUGGAAAGCUAACACUCUUAUGUGAUAACACUUUUGGCGGCCAGGCUGCCUUAGAUGAAAAGUUCGGCGGGGUUACACCGAAAACACCGAUUACUGAACAUUUCAGUUUUGGUAGACGGGAUGAUCAUAUCAAUACGCCGGAUCAGAAACAAGCAUUUUAUGACCUUCUUCAUGUCGCCGUUCAAGCUCUCCCCCGCUGUCUUUCUGAUCACAUUCCUUUCAAUUCCCUAAUCAACUUGCUGUGCACCGGAACAGCACAUGUGCAGAAUAAUAUUGCGGCAUCUUCCGCAGAAUCUCUGAAGUCCAUUGCUCGUCAAUCCCAUGCCCAACAUGUUGCUAUUGGUUUCGCUCGCUUUAUUUUCAAUUUUGACGCCAGGUAUUCAACAAUGUCAGACGAAGGCAUGCUUGGACCAGGCCACAUUGAAUCGACCCUGAAACUGUAUGUGGAACUUAUCCGAAUCUGGAUCGAGGAAAUUCGACAAAAAACGAGAGAAGCUUCAGCGGAGAAUUUGGAUAAGAAUAUAUCUGGGAGUCGAGGGUUGCAGCUGGAUCUUUCGAGUGUGUUGGCUCACGUGGAAGAAAUCGAAUCGCAUGGGCUCUUUUUCUUAUGCUCACAGUCAAGGCGGGUCCGUGCCUUCGCUAUUACCGUUCUCCGUCUUGUGACAGAAUUCGAUAGUGCACUCGGGAAGAAUAAUACUAGGAUUAUCAGAAUUCUAGAAGGCGAUUCUGAUAAAGUUCUGGAUCUGAAAGACGAUCUUUUGACGGUCGCCGAACGGAGCAGAUUGCAAAAAGGAAGACAAGGCAAAGGCCCCCAUAAUACACUCAUUGAACUGUGCAGCAGUGAGGUGUCCUACGACUCGACUCUGUGGUCGAAACUGUUUCCGAAUCUCAUUCGAAUCAGCUUUGAUAUGUGUCCCUUUGCUGUAACCCUAGGCCGUGAAAUCGUCUGCGCUAGGCUGGUUCAAAUGCAUAGGUAUAUUACUGCGAUUGCAGAGGGCUCGCAGGCGUUUCAGUAUGCGUCCUUGGACUAUAUUGCAUCUCGUCAAAUCACGCGAAGUCCUAGCACCUCGCCUGAAGUUACCAUCGAGCAAUGGAAAUUAUAUCUCAUUAUGGCUUGUACUACGCUUAAUAGUGCUGGUGCUCAAUCCCAGAGUCAGCUCGCAAAUGCGCAGCAUGCUCGCAAAACCUCGAAAGGGGGCCAGCAGUCACAGGAUAAAAUAAGUUCGGCAAGAUCGCUGUUUGCAUUCGUUAUUCCGCUUCUCUCCGCAAGCCACGAAUCAAUUCGCACAGCCAUUGUCGUCGCCCUUGGCUCUAUUAACAUUAAUCUAUACAGAACGUUGCUCGAAUCACUCCAAUACGCCGUGACGACUUGCAAUGAAGAGGCUCGGGUUCGCAUCGGAAACCAUCACCGUUCCCCCAGUAGCCCUAGAAGGAAUAGGCAAACUGAUCGUCUUCGAACAGAGGUAACAAAUGUGUACAAAGCAACCGCGCAUUUCUUAAAAGAACCCGAAAUAUAUCACGAUGACUGGAUCCUUAACAAUCUGGUUACGUAUACAAGAGACCUAAGAAUUUUCCUUAGCGAUGUGGAGGUUCAAAACGACCUAGAGUUUCAAAGCCUCCGCUUCCACUAUUGCGGUCUAGUAGAACAAUUGUUUGAAGGCAUUAAACGGUCCAAAGAUCCUUUGCGUUGGAUGCCAUUUGAAUCUAGGAAGUCUGCCUUUUCUCUCAUGGAAGAUUGGUGUGGAUAUUCCCCCAACCAACCUCAGAUAAACAUUCGAGAAGAGAAUAUGCGUAAGCUUGUGCUGGCAAGGCAAAUAGACCAUGGUGAGCUUCGGAGCACGGCCGCUAUGGAAAUAGAAAAAAGAAAUCUACGGACGGCUGCAUUGAGUGCAAUGGCUUCACUUUGCGGUGGUCCUAUUCGGAUUAUGACUGAGAGUAGGGCGGUUCUUCAAUUCGAUGUUAGGAGAAUGCUUGCUUGGAUUGACAUCAUUUUGAAAACUGUCAGCGACAAGCUACAUGCCAUCGGCCGGCGAGCGCUCAAAAAUCUGAUUGUUUACAACAAAGAUUUGCCUUACCUCUUGGAGCAGUGUAUUGAGAUGUGUUAUUUGUCUGAGCGCCCCAAGGCACUUGAGAGCUAUUUUGAAGUCUUUUCAGAAGUUUUGAUUGAACAUAUUGACUACCCUAUCGCAUUCUGGAGAGUUCUUGGCGCGGUUCUCUUUACUCUCGGCAACUCAAAACGCGAGAUUAGAAUGAAAUCCGCUCGUUUACUAAGGACAAUUGAAGAGCGACAGCAGAAGAACUCGAGGCUACAAGAUUUCGACAUUAGCAUCUCAGAUAAAACAACUGCUGUGUAUAAGCUGGCACAAUUCGAAACCUCAAAGAGGCUAGCUCAACAACAUUCCGACCUCGCGUUCAUAAUUUUUUCUGAGUUCUCGUUGCAUUUCCGAAAUAUCCGGCCAGAUACACAGCGAAACAUGGUUGCUGCUAUAUUACCCUGGGUGCAAGUGCUUGAGCUCCAGCUCGAUCCAAAUGGUGGCCCAACAGCGAAAUCUUAUAUGCUUCUUGCGAAUCUGUUUGAGAUUACUAUUCAGUCAGGGAAUAUCUUACCAAAUGAGGUGCAGGCUCUUUGGCAAGCUCUUGCCACGGGCCCGCAUGGAGGCAACGUCCAACUUGUACUUGAUUUUAUAAUCAACCUCUGUUUGGAGCGCAAGGAGCAAAAUUUCGUGGAUUACGCGAAACAAAUCGUGGUCUUUCUGGCGUCUACUCCGGCUGGCUCAAAAGUUAUAGAUUUUUUCCUGAUGCAGCUAACCCCCAAAAAUAUGGUUCAUGAACGAAGAGAACCGUUGGCGCCACCGCCUGAUAUAGCUAGCCUGCCUUAUGUUGCAGAUCUAGGAACUGUUUUGCCAGUUGGCAAUAAACAGGCCGGACUAUCAUUAGGGCAAGUUGCUCUGAUAUUUCUCGUUGAUUUAAUGGUUGGCCCUGUUACACUCGAUUUCGACAGCGUCAUCAAACUUAUUCAUAUUGCGCUGAUUUUCUGGGAUCAUUAUAUCUUGGCUGUUCAGGAGCAGGCUCGUGAAAUGUUAGUUCAUUUGAUUCAUGAACUUGUUGCCUCGAAACUAGACAAUGAUUCCCAGGAUAAAAAGAGAGAAGCCAUUGAAGAUUUGGUUGACUGUAUUCGUCAAAGUGAUCCUACUGUGAUAUGGGACUAUGAUGACAACAAUGGAAAGGAAGUAGAGCAGAACAAUAGUCGGGUUCCUGAAUCUAUGCUGCAUGUAACCCACAGCGUUGCAAGCAUAUUCAAUGCAGUCUAUGAGGGCGUGGGCGACGCAUGGUCAAAGGAGGCGUUGAACUGGGCAACGUCCUGCCCUGUCAGACACCUGGCCUGCCGGUCAUUUCAAGUAUACAGGUGUAUAUCCACAUCUUUGGACUCAAGAAUGUUAGCCGAUAUGCUAGCACGGUUGUCCAACACAAUUGCUGAGGAAGAAACUGACUAUCAAACGUUUUCGAUGGAGAUUUUAACAACGUUAAAAAUAAUUAUUAAUUCGCUGACGACCCAGGACCUAAUGAGGUAUCCUCAAUUAUUUUGGACGACGUGUGCGUGUCUAAAUACCAUCCAUGAACGGGAGUUUAUGGAAAGUAUGGCGAUGCUUGAGACAUACAUUGAAAAGGUUGACCUAUCCGACGAUUCCAUUAUUGCCAAACUCAAAGAGAGCAAACCUACCAAGUGGGAAGGCGAAUUCGAAGGCAUACAGGCGUUGGCUUAUAAGGGCCUUAAGUCAUCGGAUUCCUUGGAGAGAACCCUUCGUUUACUUCACAGACUAACGCCGUUACCUGGUAGUGAUCUGGUAGGCGAUGGAAAUCGCCUCCUGUUUGCUAUUUGGGCUAACUUACCAUGUUUUCUUCAUCAUUUUGAUUCUCCUAGCACCUCUGGAGAGCUUCAAUCUCGCGCCAGCUUGCUUGCAACGGUGGCCGAAAAUCAAGGCUGUGCCCAGCUAGCGGACUGUCUUUCAUGCUUCGCCAAGGGUGGGUAUCAUAGUAGCCAGGAUUUACUCAAUGAGAUGGCAACGUCAAUCUCGGCAUAUUACUUCCCUAAUCAAGAUGUUCAGAGCCUAGUGUUUAUCAUGGGCCUAUUGACAAACAACACUCGAUGGUUUCGCAUACACACCAUGAGAAUACUUGGAAUCCUCAUAACGACAAUCGAUAUACGCAGAUCCGACAUUGCUUGCCAUGGACCGGAUCUGAUUUCUCCUCUCUUGCGGUUACUCCAUACCGACUUAUGCCCCCAAGCACUUGAAGUACUUGAUCAGAUUAUGACGGUUUCUGGAAAUCCGAUGGAACGACACCAUUUGCGUAUGAGCAUGGCCUCCUCUUCAUCGUCUCGGGCAAUCAGGAAAGAAUUCGAGCGCAUUCAAAGUUUGUAUGGGAUUCCUGAACCCACUGGCUGGUCAAUCGCUGUUCCUGCUGCCCAGUCUGGCCUCACAAGAAAUAACGUCCACGCCGUAUUUUACACGUGUGCGGACGUCGAAGAUGCUGAAGGCCCACCUCCCCCAACACCGGAGAUGGAGUUCCAAAUCGAAGAUUAUGGGGAUUCUUUCUUCCCAAUUCGUGCCGACACAAUGAAGUCAUUCGAUACUCAAAACGAAAACAUGGGUGAUCUGCUGCAAAAAUUGGACAGUCUUGAUGAUUUCUUUGACGAGACAGAAGCCAGUUCUACGAUGACUUCCAUUGGUGGUUCAACGCUUCGAAGUUUUACUGCUGGUGAUUUCCAUGACGCCAGUACCCAUUUAUACGACCAACAAACCGCACCUCUACUCCGAAAAUCCCUUGCUAGAACUGCGUCGACAUCAUUCCAAAAUGGAUUUGCCGAGUCCCGGCCAUCCACUGCCCAGCGCUCCGAGGCCGCUCAAGUACACUCGUCGCCUUUAGCAGCUUCUACAAGUAGCCUAACGGCUGCGCCUCCUCGGUCUUCCCUACAUGUCCGAUCAGUGACUUCGCCAAAUAAUUUCCCGUCCAUCAAUACCUCCUCUUCAAGCCUUCAACCUAUGCCCGACAUUAAAUCUCCAGACCUGUCGGAUGAUUAUUUCGAGGAUGCUCUGUCGGACUCAGAAGAUCGCUUAAGCAUGCACCAUCCGUCAUCUGCUAGCCCACGCACCGGGCAGGACGGGCCCUUUUCUCUAGAAGCCAUCAUACGUAGUGGUGUCCGGCGUUUGACCGGUGGCAAUGCGGGCCGAGAAAAAGAGCGACAGAGAGACCUGCUCCGGGCCCAGCAUCGUGCACUGGCCCACUCGCCGCGGGUGCCGAAAGUUCCGGUUGAGUAUCUUGCCGGAAGUGACAGCACGCCUGCAUCACCUGGUCGCCCAGGCUAA